CCAGUUCACGGUUAGCUCAUGAUCAACUUUUCUCCAAUGACCUUUGUGAUUUUUCAUUAGGAUAAGCACUAUCAUUUUCAAAUGUAGAUGUUGCGUAAGCUUUACCGGUAGAGUAUUCAAAUUCUAAGAACAAAAUGCAUUGUAUAGACCAGGUGACUAGAAUAGUACAUCAGGGAUAAAGUUUGGAAAUCUGUUUUAUUGUCUGCCUUUGGCACAUUUGACUAUUGUUUAGGCUACUGUCAAAUACCAGUAAUUAUGAAGGCUCUAUUUAUUACUCUUCAGCUUGGAUGUAAUAAAUAUUUUGAAAGGAAUACAUGAAUAAUCAUCAAAUCACAAAUGCCUAUGUCAGUGAAUUUGAAAGCCACCUUCAUGGUUGUCUCCAGUGACCUUUUUCUGCUCGUGCGCAGUUUACAACCGUGAACAGGCUUAUUAGGAGCUGUCACCUCCAUGAUUUUUGUUUGUUCUCACUGCUCAAGGCAAAGUACAUGAUGUACAACGUCACACCAACUGGCAAAAAUAUUACCGAUUACAUUUUUAGCAACUGAGGUUGCGUCGUUUGAGGGUCGAGCUAAUCAUCGGUGUGACCGUGUCAUGAGGCUAUUUUAGUCCCUCUCUUUAUUCAACCCCUUGCCUUAUUCAAAUUCAAAUUACCCCUGCAAACUCCUUUACAAGCUCUUGCAACGCUUGAUGGAUUUAUUUGUAAAGAGUUGAUCGAUCGCUGCCCGAACAAAACGUCACAAUCGUAACGAGGCACAACAAACGACGUCUGUAAGUUGAAACAGGUAUGGUCUUCAAUAUACGGUAUACAGCCUUUGUAUGAUUUGUAUCAGAGCUGACUGAGAUUAAUAAUUCUGAGUCUUUAAUCCCUGUGAUAAUCAUUAACCCAUCAAGAUCAAGUUACAUAACUUGAUCACCGUUAGAUGGCAUCAAGAAAAAUGCCUAGCAACUGAGGUUGGAACACCUCGAAAAUCUUGCCUACAAUGUACUUUGCUUGAUAAUUUGUAAGGUCGACUUCCUUGUUCCUGCGCAAUUGACUGUAUGCAGUUAUGAAGAUGUUGUCUUGUAUUUGAGUACGUCAUUGAAUAUGUCGUCUAUUAACGUUUCUAAUUCGACGUCUUCUGUCGAUGUCGAGAGGAUCGGAAAGACGGUUGGAUUGAUCGUCAUCGUUUUGCUCUCCAUUAUCGGACAUAUCAUCUACGUGGUAACAUUAUCUCGAACCCCACGAAUCCGUGUCCGAAUCGGACCUUGGUAUUUCUUCACCAAUAUUGCCGGAUCUAAUGUCGUCGCUGUCAUCUUCUCACUCAUCCCCAACAUCAUCGCUACGUGGUCAGGGUCGUGGACGUUGAGUACUGAGUUUUGUAUUGCUUCGGCUUUUAUCACGCAAUUUACUUUCUAUCAAAUAUGGCAUACGGUGGGAAUAAUCUUUGUGGAAAGGUAUGUGAGGAUCAUGAUGCCGCUCAAGCACAAGGAAAUAUUUAGGGUGAUUCCGACGUUGAUUCUUCUAAGUGCACUAUGGUUUUUCGACGCCAUUCUGUCCAUGUUACCCCUGAUCAACUGGGGAGAGUAUGGCUAUCUCACCACAGAAGGACAAUGCGCACAUUCUGUCGACGGCUACCAGAAGAAUGUCUCCCAUCUUUACUUCACCUUUGUAUUGGGAAUCAUCCUUCCGUUGGCCCUGUCGAUUCCCUUGUUUGCUAGGACAGUUAAAGGAGCAUUGAAGAGCUUGAAAGACGACGAGGAUAUCUUCAAGGAGGAAGUAGCAGUCCCAGUGUCGUAUGGAUACCAACUGAAACGCCGUGAAAAGACACUAGCAAGAACGAUCAAGAACCCGACCUUGACCGAGGAGAGGGUGAAGAAACUUAGAAAGAGACAAAAGAAACGAAUCAAAAAGAGAAAGAAAAGGGCAAAGCGUGGGAGAGACGAUGAUUCUUCUUCAUCAUCGUCAUCAUCUUCAUCUUCGUCAUCGUCAUCAUCUUCUUCGUCCUCCUCCUCAUCUGAAGACGAAAGCGCAACUCAUCGCCGUUACAAGGAUGCCAAACGGACGAAACGAGCGUAUCGAUAUCGACCGAACGAGAUGGCGUUGGUCAAGACAGCAGCUCUUAUACUCCUGGCCGUCAGCAUCUGCUGGAUUCCUUAUCUCGUCGUCAAAUUUUUCGAGACAUACAACAUCGCGAUUCCAUCAAUCGUCGUAAUCGUUGUCGCUUUCCUGUCCUACUUUAGCCACGCGGUCUGUCCUUACAUCUACAUCAUCAGCAGCAGGAGCUUCAGGCGACAUAUCCACAAAGCAUUUUGCAGUGCUUAUCUUGCUGCUAGUAAGAGGAAGAAAAAGUCAAGAGAAAGGACACAAAAUGAUCUUCAAGAGAGUGACAAUAUCCAUGAUAAUGAAGCUUAUCUUGGUGAUGAGGAUUCUGGUGUUGAAGCUGUUUCAGAAACUAUGUAUUAAAAGUUGUAUAAAAUUCUCGUAAAUCAUUCCUGUAUAUAUAAUUACAAGGGGAAAUGCUACGGGGGUGUGCAUGCUGAGGUAAUCGCUCUCAUGUUUCUUUCCUUCAAGACAGUGAUCAUAAACAAAUAGAGGAGAACGAAAGAACGAAAUAGGAGGGGGUGAUUGAAGAAGGAACACAAGCAAAAAGAAGCUGUCGAAGAUCCCCUCCUCUAGAUAAUACCCAUAGUCUUUCAUAGAGAAAAAUGCCCCCUACAUGCAGGGUCAUAAUACCUCGGUACCUCCUGUCUAAUAUUCAACUCGUAAUCAUUCUUAAAAGACCUGUACCAAUUUAAUUUGAGGUUUAUUUUCUUGAGACCUUAUAAAAUGGUAUUUCCUUAACAUUAUGAGCUUUAUCGCCUUUUUUUUCAAAAAUCGAUGGCGACAUGUGAGUGCUAUAAUGAGUACAAGAACAAAUUCAAUGUAAACCAAAACGAAGGGGGUGUGUGGGAGCUUCCAUCCCAAAUCCCACAAGUAAACCUGGGGUUCUUUAGUUGUCCAUAAUUUGGGAUCUUGUGUUCCCCAAUUCAAACAAGUGUAAUGCCUCUGGCGGUCUCGCCUGCAUCACACGAUUCAAUAUAGCAGCAGUGCUGACUUUGAAAACUACUAUAAAAUAAUUAUUCACAAAAAACACCAUUCAUAUAAUGAUACAAUACUACGUUCAUUGAUAUUUGACCUUGAUCAUGUGACCUAAAUCUUGUCAGUGAUACUUGAUUACCCCUAUAUCCACAUUUUAUACACUAUAUCUAUAGUCUCACUCUGCUAUGCAGGUGAGACAAAAAGGGGAUUUUCGUUGUCUUUUGAUUUAUUUCUUGGUGAGCUGAAAGAAAAUGUUUGUUCAUUAAAAAUAAUGUAGUGACUCUAUAUAAUAACCAUAAUCUAUUGAGGAUAACUUGCAAUGAGAAAAUAGGAUUUGAACUUUCGUCAUUUCCUUUGAGCGAAUAGCUUUGAAACGUCGUAAAACGUUGCAAGCUACAAAAAAUAUCAUAGAUUAAAGGUUUGUGUGAUGUUAA